AAAUUAUCUAUGUAUUUAAUAGAUAACUAGAACAUAUUAAUCGGUUUAUAACCAAUGUUUCGAACGUAAAAUGAAGUCUGUGAGAUCCACAAUCCUCCUAGCACAAUCCAUAAAGUCAAGGACUAUGAGAAAUUCUUUACGGUUUUCGCGAAAGGUGUUGUUAAUGUUAAUAUGUUGUACACUUUUGUUAAUACUGACGUUUUUUUCUGUGGUGGAUAUCAAAAAACGAAUGCUUCGUACGCGCGAAGCGAUAGUAUGUUACAGAAUAAAAACGAACGACACACUUCCGGAUAUAUCGGAAGUUACUCCGCGUAGAGGAAAAUCGAUUUUCUUCCACGAAACAUCUUGUUAUUCCUAUUUCAAAGGAAGGAUAUCCAUAACUGCUCGGCAAGCAUGCGCCGUGGAGAGCGCCGCUCGUUUCAAUCCGAAUUUCGAAAUAUACCUGCUCUACUCAUCGCCGGGCAUGAUAAAAUUCGACGGGGACGAAUCCGAUAAGAUAUUACAAAACCUUUUAACCUACCCCAACGUGUACAUCAUGCACUUGGAUUACGAAAAGUACACUAAAGGCACUCCCGUUGAACGCCUGUACGCUUCCGGGAGAAUCGAAGGAUCCAUGCACGCCAUCUCGCAUUCCAGCGACGUGCUCCGAUAUCUUACGAUGUGGAAAUACGGGGGCGUCUACCUGGAUUUGGACGUGGUGAUGCUGAAAUCAGUGGAAGAUUUGAGGAAUUUCGCUGCCAUCGAGUCUGAGGAAGUGGUCGCCUCCGGUGCCUUAGGAUUCGAUCCCUCGGGAGACGCGCAUGAUAUGGUAGAGAAAUGUUUGAACGACCUUAACGAUAAUUUCAACGGUGAAAUUUGGGGCUACAACGGACCCGGUGUUAUAACCAGGCUACUCAGAAAUCUGUGCGGGACAAACAAAACGGACGAAAUGUCAGUUAACGAUUGCGGUGGGUUCCAUGUUCUUGAAACGGAAAGUUUCUAUCCUAUAUCCUGGAGGACAUGGUGGAUGUACUUCGACGAGAAAUUCGCCGAUAAUGUGACUUAUUCCACGCAACAUGCUUACGCCAUACACGUGUGGAAUAAACUCAGUUCCGAGCGGCUUAUACCUAUACAAUCGAAUGCGCCUUACUUAGAUAUAGCUAGAAAACAUUGUCCAAAAACUGUCCAAGCCUGUGAUAAUUAUUUCUAAGGCGA